UAGCGUUUCUGCGCUCCUCUGGCUGGGAAAGCGGAACUGCGUAAUCUCCUCGCAAUAGCAACUAGCGCGCAUGCCCGUAGUAGAACUGGAGGCCGAGAGGAACCUAACUGAAGUAGAAUAUUGUUAAACUCCUAAUUUGAAAACAGGAGUUCUUCAGGUCCCGCCAGUCUGACUGAAGGAUGAGAAUGGCCAAACCACUCGCUCAACUACUCAUUGCUGCAGCUCAGCAUCAUCUCAGUGCAGGGAAAAAAGGUUUAUCCCGGUCUGCCUCUUUGCACCUGGCUGGAGAGAUACUGGCUGUAGCUGCCAGCUUAAAGCCUGCUUUCCUAUAUGAUUACAAUUUGGCUGGAUGCUCUCAGAUCCUGAGCUACGUUCACCAGCUUCAGACAAUCAGUGAGCUUGGAUGCCGGCUACACAUUUUGAGCAUUGCUGACAAUGUUCUGAUAAUCAACUUGGGCAUGACGGUGCAUUGGCUGGAGACACUCUUGCUUGAGAACAAAAUUUCCUUCAUUGAUGUUUCUGCUGCUAGGACAAGUCCUGGCUUCUGUGACACGGCAGAUAUAGAUUCCAUAAAAGGACACAUAUAUGAGAUACUGAAUCAUCUUAAAGCACUGGCAGCAGACACAUCCCAGGUCCUUUCCUCCAGUGCAGUCUUUUCUGCUGAAUGGAAUCUGUGUACCCUCUUUGGUGUAUUGCUAGGCUACCCGGCAGCCUACAGUUUCCCAGCCGCAAAGACCUUUGGCAACUGCCUUUCUCUGGCACCGCUGAGGGUGUUCACUGUCCAAGCCAUAUUUUGCAGGAUAAGUAAUGAUCUCAGAGUCCGACUUUAUUCUUUCAGUGUCCCUGAAGACUUAUACUCUGUUGUGAAAACUGGUAUUAAUGAGUGGUGUGAAAAUCUACAGGAUGCUUCUAGAUCUCAGAAAGACUUUUCAGAUCUUUCCAUUACUACUGAGGUUGUAACUUUGGAGGCAGUGGCUUUGUAAUGAACGAUGGACUCUGAUCCAGAGGCAUGGACCAGUUUUCCUCUGAACAUCUUUUUAAUUAGCUCAUCUAGUUGAAUCUCCAAACUUAUUUUGGAACUUCCUCACACUGAAGAAACUUGGGAAUGUGAUGUGAAGCUCCCAAAUGAAAUUAGGAACAAAAUUGCACUCCUUUUCAUAACCCUUAUAUUCUCCAAAAUUGUUGCAGGAUCCACACCCAGAUUUUUAUAGUGCAAUCCGCUUUCCUUUGAAUACACUAGAGCAGACUCUAAAUACACUAUCUUAGGGCUGCUUUCUUACUGUGAAUCAUUUACAGCCGUCCUAAGAUGUGUUCUCGUUCAAUACAAUAUUAAUAGCCCCAAUCCAAAAGGAACCAUCUCCCUUUCUCCAGCCAGGAUUGACACAGAUUUCAAUUCCUAAAUGCCAAGUAACAUAUAUAGUAGAUUGUGGGAUUUAAUAUUUCCAAAGCAGCAAGAGUGAAAAUUGUGUUGACUGAUACAGAAGCCUGUGGCUCAGACAGACAUACACCCUUGGUAACAUAACUUUUAAUUAAAAACAUCCACCACUAAAGCUGAGCAAUAGCAGUAUUUAAUAUUGGAUUUCUUUUAGACCAACAAGCACAAAGAACAGUUCAAAAUGCUGCAAGAAAUAUUCUUAGGAUGUUUAGGACAAAACCAGCUAACUUAGAACAGCAUAAUGCAAAGUCAGUAUCACAAGCAAAACUAGGCCAAGGAUAUAUAGUUGGCUAAAUAAGCUACUGUAGCUGUUGCCAUCACCACCAUUAGAAGGGGGAUCCAGUGAUCAUGCCGUCUCUGAAAGAAAGGCGCAAAUUAAUCAGAUCAUAAGGGUCAACCCAAUAAUUUAUCUGACAAAAACAUAUAGUCCCUCAUAUUUGAGCUACAGCGAUUCUCUACUUUUAUUUUGCAUUUUAGUCACAAAAAUCUGAUCAUUUUUAUCCUGGUAGUGUUUGUCUGUGGGUGCGGUGAUAGUUGGAGAAUAGCAUAAGAGGCAGCCAUCAUUUCUUAAAAGGCAUCACACAUAUGGGGCUUUGGUUAAGGCCAGGUUGUAUCUAUACAAGCCAGUUCUAUGACAAAUUCAAUGCCAUAGUUCUCUAUCCAUCUGCCCUUCAGUAGUGUUUGGGAGCUGUAGACUGAAGAAUACAGCUGCUCAUUUUUUUAACUAGAUGCAAGAAUGUGUGUUUAAUCCUGUGUUAGCUGUUCUUGUUGCCUGCUAACAUCUGGACAAAUUCAUAGUAUAGAUUUUGAGUCCUCUUACGAAGAGCAAGUAUCCAGAAUCUUAAGCACCCCUUUCGUCAGCUCAUGAAAGCAAUAAAAUUCCAGCUGCCUUCUACUAGACAGAUUAGAAUCCCAGGCAGGGCCUUGUUGGUAGUAGCACUGUAGUGUGGAAUUGUGUCUUCCCCCAAAUGCCCACCAAAGCCUGUUAGUAGUUGUUUUUAGAAGUUAAUGCAAAGCUUCCCUGUUUGAACGGGUAUUAUGUGAAUUAUUUUUAAAAAGUUGGUAGAAGAAAAUGCAAAUAAAUAUUUUCAACCUCAAGUGCCAGUAUCAAGUUUUCAAAUAUUGGUCCUGAACUGAGUUUUAAGUUCUAGCAAAAAAAGUUCUGCUUUUGGAUAAGCAGAUGUGCAAGAUUUUCCUCCCUAUAAUGGUAUUUUUAUGUAUUUUUGAAUGAUAAAUUCCCAGGUUGUGCAACCCAGGUUUAAAGCUACUGUAUCAUGACUCAUUAUAUUAAGAGGUGUGUUUAGUUUUUGAAAUAUCUUUGCUCAGGCUUUUGUUUGGACUUUGUUUAGAAUAUUGAGAUUCUGGAAAUUGUACGUUAAUUGCAGACUAAAACAAUUGUGGCAGCUUAAAAUAAACAUUUAAAAAGAACAUCUCCUA